AGCAUAUGAGGUGGAAUACUUAGUUGAUGCUUGUAUUAUCAAAGAAGCUCCUGUAUGGUGCAUCGAACAUUGGCUCUCGGAUAUCAUGAAGGAGAUUACUCUUAUCAAAGAUGAGGCAGCAGAGAUACAUGAAAUGAAAAUGGUUGGCUGUGCAGUGAACACUGUCACAGCUCAAAAGUCAUCAAAUUUGGUAAGGUCUUCAAGGAUGAAUGAAGAAAUAGUUGGUUUUGAGGAUGUCAUAGAAAAGUUAAGAGACCAACUAAUAAAAGGCACCAAAGGACGAGGUGUUAUCUCAAGUGUCGGUAUGCCAGGUCUAGGAAAAACGACUUUGGCCUACAGACUCUACAAUGACAUAUUAGUCUCUUCUCACUUUGACAUUCGUGCACAGUAUUGUGUGUCUCAAGUAUAUUCACGUAAGGAGUUGUUAAUGGCGAUUUUACGUGAUCCUAUCAAUGAGAACUUUGAUUGUGGAGAAAACCGACCUGAUGAAAUAGCUGAUCAGCUUUGUAGAACUUUAUUUUCGAGAAGAUAUCUUAUCCUUGUCGAUGAUGUGUGGGAAACUAGUGUAUGGGAUGAUCUAGUAGGUUGUUUCAAUGAUGCCAAUAAUGGAAGUAGAAUCAUUCUAACAACCCGAAAUCUUGAAGUAGCCAAUUACACUAGAUUUCAAAGUGAUCCCCUCCAACUUCGUAUGUUUAACGAGGAUGAAAGUUAGGAGUUACUCCGGAAAAAGGUGUUUGGUGAAGAAAGUUGCCCCCCUCUCCUAACAAAAGUUGGACAACAAAUAGCAAAAAAGUGUGGUCAACUGCCUCUUUCAGUUGUUUUGGUGGCUGGUAUUCUGUCUGAGUUGGAGAAGGAAGAAGAAUGUUGGGAACGAUUUGCCAACAAUUUAGGUCCCCACAUUCACACAGACUCGAGGGCCAUUAUAGAACAAAGUUAUCAGAUUUUACCCUAUCAUCUCAGGUCUUGCUUUCUUCACUUUGGAGCAUUUCCAGAGGACAGUGUAGUUCAUGUUUCAACAUUAGCACAGUUGUGGAUCUCCCAAGGAUUUGUUAAAAGUUGUGAAGGCAAGAGCUUGGAGGAUAUAGCACAAGGCUAUUUGGAGAAUCUUAUUGGAAGAAAUCUAGUUAUGGGAAUUAAGAGGAGUUCUCGAGGUAAGAUCAAAGCAUGUCGCGUUCAUGACCUAUUGCAUGAAUUCUGCAAGGAAAGAGCGAAGGAAGAGAAUUUUCUCCUAUGGAUAAAGAGGACUGAAAAUGCCUGUCCAUCUUCCUGUUUUGAUCGUCAGAAGCAACUUGCUCAUCACAUAUCCAUUUCUGCAUACAAGUAUCCUAUUGGAGAUUGGAGCUCAUGCUGGUCACAUGUUGGCUCGGUAUUUUUGCUUGAUAGUCCCAAUUGGCCAUCCCGAGAGCUCCUCUUCCAGAUUUACACCUUCAAGUUUCUAAAAGUGUUGAAUAUGAUGAACAUUUUAGUUUUUCAUUUUCCUACUGGUCUAGUUUACUUGAGGUUAUUUGCUGCAAAAGUUCACGCCAAACAUUGUGAUUCAUUCAUAGACAAUUGUUGGAAACUUGAAGUUCUGAUGUUAGAGAAUAUUGCUGGUUUGAUAACCAUGGCACUACACCUUAGAGUCGGGAAGAUGGUUAAACUGAGACAUCUGGCUAUCUUCGAUUGUUGCUUCUCCAGAGAAUUACUUGAGAACUCCGAUAACCUUUAUGAUCUGCAAACUCUCUCCGCUCCAUUUUUUGCUCGUGUCCAGGAUGUGGAAUUGAUUUUGAGAAAAACACCUAAUCUUCGGAUACUGGAGUUUGAAAUUAAGGGUGUUGACAACUUUCAGUACAACAUAUUGAACAUUCCAACACGGAUUGAAAAGUUAUGCAUUUAUAAUGACAGAGUUCAUGAUGACAAUGUCCCCAAAAUCAUCCCCUUUUCCAUCUCCGCACCAAGUCUCAGAAGCUUGACACUACGCGGCUUUUACCUGCAUCCUCACCGCUUCUUAGAAAUUGCUUCACUUGAGAACCUUCAGGCACUUAGACUACAACGCAUUCACUUUGAGAACGAGGAAUGGAAAGUGAGCAAUGGCGAGUUCCUUCAGCUCAGAUCGUUGAAACUACAAAAAAUAGACUGCAUUAAAGAAUGGAGAUGUGUUGAUGAUGAUGUCUUUCCCCACCUUGAGCGCUUGGUUUUGCAUGGAUGCCAAUUUCUUAAGGAGAUCCCUUCUUGUUUCAAAGACAUCUCUUCUCUAUUGUCCAUUGAGGUAAGGCAAUGCAACGAAUCUGUCGUCAAAUCAGCCAGAGUUAUCCAAGAAACACAAGUUGAAGAGUAUCAGAAUUCUGGCUUCCAGGUCUUUAUCCAUGAUGAUUGAGGCCUUUAUUCAGGUCUCCGGCAGAAAUGUAACGUAAAGCUUCGUACAAAAGACCAUUGUGGGUCCAACACUUCCCUCGACCCCGCGCAUAUCUGGAAUUUUAGUGCAUCAGGCUGUACUUUUUUUAGAUUAUGAAGACUAGAGCUUUAUUAGAGGCAGUUUAGAAAAUCAGUAUGCAUUUCUUUGAUUAGCUUUAAUAAAUUCUGUAAAAU